GCAUUUAAAAAAUUUCAAAAUAAAUAUUUGGUAAUUUAUUUAUUAGCCAUGGCUUCAGAUUGGCUACAGGGUCCAUAUGUUUAUGCUCUUUAUGAGUCUUAUGGUUUUGGAAAAAGUGAUAUUGCAAUAUUAUUUAUAUUUGGAUUUUUAUCAAGUUUAGUAUUUGGAAUGUUUGUAGGUCCAGUAAUUGAUAAAUAUGGUAGAAGAUUUAUGGGUAUCAUUUUUGGUAUUUUAUACAGUCUUAGUUGUUUAACUAAAAUUUAUAAUAAUUUCGAAAUUCUUUUAUUUGGUAGAUUAUUAGGUGGUAUUUCAACAUCAUUAUUAUUUUCAGUAUUUGAAAGUUGGAUGAUUGCAGAACACAAUGCCAAUGGAUUCUCUGAGGAAUUAUUAUCUUCAACAUUUUAUAAAAGCACAUUGAUGAAUGGUGUUAUUGCAAUUUUAAGUGGUUUAUGGGCAUCUGAAUGCGCUUCAAGAUGGGGAUAUGUAUCACCAUUCCUAUUUGCUUUAGGUUUAUUAAUUAUAUGUUCAAUUUUAAUCGCAACUCAAUGGAAUGAAAAUUAUGGUGAUUCAAAAUCUUCAUUAGUAGCAACAUUUAAAACCGCUUUUCAUUCAAUUACAAACGAUCCAGUAAUUUGUUCAUUAGGUUUAACUCAAUCAUUAUUUGAAGCUUCAAUGUAUUCAUUUGUAUUUUUAUGGACCCCAACCUUAACUGAAUCACCUCAACUCAAAGAUUUUAAACUUCCAUUUGGCUUAAUUUUUGCAACAUUUAUGGUAUGUGUAAUGAUUGGUUCAUCAUUCUUUACAUUGCUAUCAAAAACAAGUCCAGAAACAUUAAUUCAAUAUAUUUUAAUAAUAUCAUCAACAUGUUUUAUAAUUCCAUGUUUAUUUAAAAAUUCAAUUUUAGUUUAUUUAUCAUUUUUAGUAUUUGAAAUUUGUUGUGGUUUAUAUUUCCCUUGUUUAGGUACAUUAAGAAGUAAAUAUAUUCCUGAAACUAUUAGAGCAACUACAAUGAAUUUAUUUAGAGUUCCUUUAAAUUUACUUGUUGUAGUUUCACUUACAAACACCGAAAAAAUUUCAACAGCAGGCCAUUUCUUAGUUUUAUCCAUUUGGUUAAUUAUUGCAUUGGUCCACUAUAGA